AAACUCUUUUCUUGUCUAAUAGGUUUUCUCGAAGGUUAAAGCCGAUCAGUUUUUCUCCUUCACUGAACUUCCACCUCUGCCCUCCGAUUGGAUUCUCUCUCGACUUUCCGGUCAAAGAUUCAAUUCAUUUGAAGAAAAAAAGAAAAAUGUCGAAGUCGGUGGUCGAAAUGCCUCCAAAGGGCGGGUUUAGCUUCGAUCUUUGUAAAAGAAAUGAGAUGCUUUCAAAGAAAGGUGUCAAUCCGCCGUCCUUUCGUAAAACGGGUACCACAAUUGUUGGCUUGAUCUUCCAGGAUGGCGUUAUUCUUGGGGCAGACACAAGAGCAACUGAAGGACCUAUAGUUUGUGAUAAGAAUUGUGAGAAAAUUCAUUACAUGGCACCAAAUAUUUACUGUUGUGGAGCUGGAACUGCUGCUGAUACAGAGGCAGUAACUGACAUGGUCAGUUCACAGCUUCAAUUACACCGCUAUCAUACUGGUAGAGAGUCGAGGGUUGUUACAGCAUUGACCCUUCUCAAGAGGCACCUUUUCAACUACCAAGGCUAUGUCUCGGCUGCUUUGGUACUUGGUGGGGUUGAUGUCACUGGGCCUCAUUUGCAUACUAUAUACCCUCAUGGAUCAACCGACACAUUGCCAUUUGCUACAAUGGGUUCUGGUUCUCUUGCAGCAAUGGCUGUAUUUGAAUCAAAAUACAGAGAAGUCCUUACUAGAGAUGAAGGAAUAGCACUUGUCACUGAGGCUAUAUGCUCUGGUAUCUUCAAUGACCUAGGAAGUGGAAGCAAUGUUGAUAUUUGUGUAAUUACCAAGGCUGGCAAGGAAUACUUGAGGAACCAUCUACAACCUAAUCCUCGCACUUACACCAGCUCCAAGGGCUAUUCUUUUCCCAAGAAGACAGAGGUCCUCUUGACAAAAAUCACACCAUUGAAAGAGAAAGUGGAGAUCAUUGAAGGAGGAGAUGCGAUGGAAGAGUGAAACUAUUGAACUGUUAUCGGAUCAGAUUUGUAGCCGCACUUGUUCUCUGUUAAAGAACUGUUUUUCUUCUGCAAUUGUUAUAUGUCACCUAAGAUUUUGUUGGUUAAUCUUAUGAGGUGUUUUAAACAAUUUAGUAAUGAUAUGAUUCACAUGGAAUUAUCUUUCCAUCACCAUUUCUUUUUUAUCUU